UCUUACAGAGAAAAAAAAAAUGAUACCGUAUCACCUGCGGAGAAAAAUGUCUAACUGCUCAUCUUGAACAAGUCAGUCGUCCAUGUUAAAACUCCAAUCCACACUCCAUUGAAGCACAGAUCUGAAAAUCAAAACCUCAUUUUCGUCGAAAGUUACAAGCUUGAUCCCAUGGAUCGUCUUCUCAAAGCCGCGAGAGCCUCUGGUUCUCUCAACCUCUCGAAUCGCUCUCUCAGAGAUGUUCCGAACGAGGUCUAUCGGAGCUUAGACGCAGUUGGUGACGACGAGAAAUGGUGGGAGGCUGUGGAGCUACAGAAGCUCAUUCUUGCUCAUAACGAUAUUGAAGUUUUGAAAGAAGAUUUGAGAAAUUUAGCUCAACUUACUGUAUUUAAUGUCAGCCAUAACAAGCUCACGGUGCUUCCAUCUGCAAUAGGAGAGCUUCCCAUGCUGAAAUCAUUGGAUGUUUCCUUCAAUUCAAUUCAACACUUACCCGAGGAAAUUGGUUCUGCAACUUCUCUUGUCAAAUUUGAUUGUUCAAAUAAUCAGCUUAAGAAACUCCCUAGCUCACUUGGAAGAUGUACAUGUUUAUCAGAAUUUAAGGUAUCAAACAAUAGUAUCACUAGCUUUCCAGAAGAUAUGGCGAACUGUUCAAAAAUGAUGAAACUGGAUGUAGAGGGAAACAAGCUAACAGUGCUGUCUGAGACUUUGAUUGCGUCAUGGAAUAUGCUUACGGAGCUCAAUGCAUCAAAAAAUUUGCUCAGCAGUAUACCAGAUAACAUUGGAAGCCUUUCACAUCUCAUUCGUCUUGACCUCCAUCAGAACAGAAUUUCAGCUGUUCCACCAUCAAUAAUGGGGUGUGGUUCUCUUGCGGAGUUUUACAUGGGGAGCAAUGCACUUGCUACUUUACCAGCAGAGAUGGGGGCGCUUUCUCAUUUAGGGACAUUAGAUCUUCACUCAAACCAGUUGAAAGAGUACCCAGUGGAGGCAUGCAAAUUGCGUCUCUCGGUCUUGGAUCUCUCUAACAAUUCAUUGAGUGGAUUGCCCCCAGAACUGGGGAAGAUGACUAUCCUGCGAAAACUUUUGCUUACUGGAAAUCCUUUACGAACUCUUCGAAGCUCAUUGGUUUCUGGACCUACACAAGCUUUAUUGAAGUAUCUUCGAAGUAGACUUCCACAAAGUCAAGAAUCUGAAGCUACAACUACAACAAAAGAUGAUGUAAUAGCGAUGGCAUCUCGGUUGUCUAUUACUUCAAAGGAACUUUCAUUGGAAGGGUUGGAUUUGAGUGCUGUCCCAGCAAAAGUAUGGGAAUCAGGUGAGAUCAUAAAAGUUGAUCUAUCAAGGAAUUCCAUUCAAGAGCUACCAGUUGAACUUUCCUCGUGCACGUCCCUCCAGACUUUGGUUUUAUCCAGAAACCAGUUCAAAGAAUGGCCCGGUUCAAUCUUUAAGUCACUUCCUAAUCUAGUCUGUUUGAAGCUGGACAGUAAUCCCCUUAAGCAGAUUCCAUCAAAUGGAUUUAAAGCAGUGCCUAUGCUUCAGGUUCUGGAUCUAAGUUGUAAUGCAGCUUCACUACCAGAGCAACCAGCAUUUUCUAGCCUACCUCAUUUACAGGAGCUUUAUCUCAGACAAAUGCACUUACAUGAAGUACCAUCCGAUAUAUUGAGCUUACAGAACCUGCGGAUCCUUGACCUGAGCCGAAAUUCCCUUCAAUCUAUUCCAGUGGGUUUCAAAAAUGCUACUUCUCUCACUGAGCUUGAUCUAUCAGACAAUAGCAUAUCGGCACUUCCACCAGAGUUGGGUUUUCUUGAACCGAGCCUACAGGUCUUGAGACUUGAUGGAAAUCCAUUGAGAAGCAUCCGGAGGACAAUCUUAGAUAGAGGAACUAAGGCGGUUUUGAAAUAUUUGAGGGACAAAAUCACAGAUCAGUAGUUUUUCGUGCCUUGCUCUGGAGAACAUCUGACAUUUCAUCUCCGAAAUCUCCGUUUGAAUACCACAUGCUUCCAUCAAUGACUUGAGUAUGACAUUUGUGAGAUGAAUUUUGGUUGCUGUUUAUUAUCCUUAUUUUCCCUGCAUCAAUGGCCGCGCUAUAGAAUUGUCUCACAAUAAAAAGUUUGACUUAAAGGAGUCCCAUGCUAGCUAUUGUUGUGUCCACACGAGUAAUGCUUUUUCGAUUUAUAACUUUCUUUCUUUCCUGCUCUCUUUUUUAUCUAAUUAAGGGGGCUAUUGUUUGGUUUCUCCUUUUUAUACUUUGUCUCUCCUGAGUGAUAAAGGAUCGAUUUUGGUCAAAGUUAGAGGAUUUGUGUAUGUAUUUAACAACUUCACUCCGAAUUUAAACUCUCUAGUGAAUUAUACAUCUCUUGAAACUAAACAGAUGCUAAUUGAUAGUACCAUUAUGUGGUUUUUAAGUAGCUUAGGUAUCCGAGCUAUCGAUGCCAAUC